AUGUCCCGCAAAGCCUGCCUAGAACAGUUCAAAGCCGAAUGGUACGUACCAUAUACACCCGCCUCUCUCGGCUACAAGCUCCACCUGAACCUCCAUGGCAUCGCACACGCAAACCUCUCCAUCCCAGCCCCCUUGAUAGAAUACAUCGACAACAGCUUUCCACUGAAAGAUACCAGCAAACACGCAUCAUCAGAGUGCUGGCUGGCGAUCUUCCGCACCUCAUUAAAUGUAGUGAAUAAGCUGGGCGAUUAUGAGGUUCUCUAUGAGAAGCUGCGGACGCGGAAUUUGUGUGUGCGGAGGAGGUGUUUGGGCAGGGGCCAUCAUAGGGGUCGUGUGGAGCAUGAAGUUGUGAUGAUUGACUUUGCGGAGGCGAGGGCGCGGAGGACGGAUGAGGAGUUGGAGAUGUGCAAGUGUGCUAAGGCGUUGGCGGACGAAGAGGCGGGAUUGGAGUUGUGA